CCAACGUAAAGGCAUUCUCUCAUUUGCAUGUUUGAGUUGUCCUCGCAACAAAGUUGACUCAGAAACAACCCGUGCUGCCUUUCAAAGUGAGGAAAUAGCUAGAGACACUAAGCUUGUACGUGAACCAAGUCGCAUCUCAGCGUUAUAA